CACAGCUGACUCACGAGAGGCACUGAGCCCACAAAUAAAAGGGCGACACGGACACACUCACCCCUCUGCUUCUACACUCACCCCAGCGCCGAUUCAGUCGACACCUCCAUCAGAGAAGUCCAGAGAGAUGAGCAGCGCCGUUGAUUCAGCGAGAGUCGAUGGCGGGAACCAAGGCAAGGCCAACACGACGGAGAACAGGGGCGCGGAGGGAGAGGAACCUGCGAAGGACUUACCUAAGGAGCGUCGUACCGCAUACACGGAGGUGGACGGACUCAGUGAGCGUUACCCAAUGAACCGUCGGCCUCGGGGCGUUGCUCUCAUCUUCGCUCAUUCCGAGUUCGAUAAUGAAGCCUCCGAACCACGACCCUCCGCCGCCUACGACGCCGAGAUCGCGAGAGCCGCCUUCGAGGCCCUCGGAUUCCUGCCUGAGGUGUUCUUAGACCUCACGAAGGACAAGCUCGAGGAGAAAUUGCUGGAAGUUUCUGAGCGCGACCACAGCAGCUACGACGCCUUUGUCAUAGUGUUCAUGAGCCAUGGUGGGAUAGAUUUUAAAAAGAAAGAAGAAUUCUUGUGGGUCAAAGACGACAAGAUUUUAACCAAGGAUCUAUGGAAAUACUUCACUUCUGAAAAUUGCACAAGUCUAGCCGGCAAACCUAAGCUGUACUUCAUUCAGGCAUGCAGGGGCGACCGAAAGGAUAAGGGCGUGAGCGUAUCGCGGCGUAGCACGACGGUUUACACGGACAGCGUUGACGAGUACAUACUUCCCAACCAAGCUGACCAGCUUAUUAUGUGGGCUUCCUACCCGGGCUAUGAGGCUUACAGGCCUGAAUGCAAAGAAAUCCAAGGGAGUGUCUUCAUCCACUACCUGGCCAAGAACCUCAUGGAAUAUGCCAAUACUUCUCCACGAACAAGUCUAUUUUCCAUUCUUCUUAAAGUCAGCAGGGAAGUGGCAGUCCUCUAUGAGACCGAUAAGUAUGACCAAAAGAAACAAGUUCCUUCCAUUAUGUCGACGCUGCUUCGUGAGAUUUACUUCUAAGAGGAUGCCUUUUAAGUUAAUCCUUGGCUUGACCGUGCGAGACCUUCUGACGUUUCAGUCCUUUUAUUGUUGUUAUUAAGGUUCUUAUCAGUACUAUUAUUAUCUGCUAAAUAAAUGAGAUGCUGAUCUGUAAAUUUCUUCUCAAGAACAAAAACGUCAUUUUCCCUAAUUUCAGUAACACACACACACGCGCGCGCAUAUAUAUAUAGACUAAGUUUUUGCAAUGAUUGAAUUUUAUUUGGAUGUAUGAUUAAUUUCUUUACUGAAAAUAUUGAUAUGAUUUUAUAUUUGUUUGAUUAAGCUUUGGUAACGAACCUUUUCCUAUCACUUUGUUGAAUGUGUAAGCCAUUUAUUCACAAAGAGAUACACUUUAAUUUUUUUAUUUGUUUGUAAAAAUAUUUCUUUUAAUUUCUUUGUAUAUGAUUUAGCCACUACAAUCCAUGUGUUAAUCUGACUAACUGCUUUGAUAAAGAUUCGUACAUUUUGAUUUUUUUUUAAAUUUUAGUAUUUGUCUCGUUGUACUGAGUAUUUAGUUAUAAAUUGUCUAUUCAAAACUGACUCAUGAGAGUUCACUGUAGUUUGGUUAUAACGUUGCACUGCAAAUAACCACAUGUAUUACUGACACACUAAUUCAUAUGAUUGGUAUUGCUUACAUGUACAAUUGAUCACUUUAUGUAUAAGAACAAUAAUGAAUAAAUAGUUAAGGUAUUACAA